AUGAGUGGACGCGGAAAAGCCGGCAAGGGGAUGGGGAAGCAGGGCACUUCCAUGCGCCAUCGCAAAGUGUUACGGGAUAAUAUCCAGGGCAUCACUAAGCCCGCCAUCCGGCGUCUCGCACGCCGUGGCGGAGUCAAGCGCAUAUCCGCCGCGAUUUAUGAAGAAGUCCGAACCGUCUUGCGUGGCUUCCUCGAAGCCGUCGUAAGAGAUUCUGUUACGUACACGGAACACGCCAAGAGAAAGACUGUCACAGCCAUGGACGUAGUAUACGCCCUCAAGAGACAAGGAAGGACCAUCUACGGUUUCGGCGCGUAA